UUCUCAACCCAGCUCCCUCAUUCAACAACUCGCUCUUAUAAUUAACCAAAAAAAGAAAAAACCGCCAAACCCGUUUGUUUCUCGAGAAAAUUCAAAAGACUCUAUUCAAUCAAUUAAAUUAUUUCUCCUUAUAUUUUCCAGUUCCGUUGAUAGAAAGGGAGAAAGGUCAAUACAAGAAUGACGUCGGGGACGAGAAUGCCGACGUGGAAGGAGCGAGAGAACAACAAAAGAAGAGAAAGGAGAAGGAGAGCGAUUGCAGCGAAGAUCUAUGCAGGACUUAGAAUGUACGGGAGUUAUAAGCUACCAAAACACUGUGACAAUAAUGAAGUGCUUAAAGCUCUCUGCAACGAAGCUGGUUGGACUGUUGAAGAAGACGGCACUACUUAUCGAAAGGGAUGCAAACCUGUGGAACGCAUGGAUAUUAUAGGUGGGUCUGCAUCAGCUAGUCCAUGUUCAUCUUACCAUCAGAGUCCAUGUGCAUCCUAUAAUCCAAGUCCUGCCUCAUCUUCGUUUCCUAGUCCUGUUUCAUCCCGUUAUGCUGCCAAUGGUAAUGGUAAUGUUGAUGCUGAUGCCAAUUCCCUCAUCCCAUGGCUUAGAAACCUCUCUUCCGGCUCAUCCUCAGCCUCACCCAAGCAUCCAAACCAUCUAUUCAUUCACACUGGUUCCAUAAGUGCUCCCGUCACCCCUCCAUUGAGCUCCCCUACUGCACGAACUCCCCGUACAAGAAAUGACUGGGACGACCCAGCUGCUGGGCAAUCUUGGAUGGGGCAGAACUACUCAUUUCUGCCCUCAUCUAUGCCCUCGUCUACACCACCUAGCCCUGGCCGUCAGGUUCUACCAGAUUCCGGCUGGCUAGCUGGUAUUCAAAUCCCCCAAAGCGGACCCUCAUCACCAACAUUUAGUCUUGUAUCCCGGAAUCCAUUUGGCUUUAAAGAGGAGGCUUUAUCAGGUGCAGGGUCGCGAAUGUGGACUCCUGGACAAAGCGGGACAUGCUCUCCUGCAGUUCCGGCAGGCAUUGAUCAGACAGCUGAUGUGCCAAUGGCAGACAGUAUGGCAGCUGAGUUUGCAUUUGGAAGUAACACAGCAGGGUUGGUGAAACCAUGGGAAGGAGAGAGGAUCCAUGAGGAAUGUGUUUCUGAUGAUCUUGAGCUUACACUUGGAAACUCUAGUACCAGAUAGGGAGAUCAAUGGAGGAGGGUGUUGAAUGAGUUCUCGUUUCCCUUCAGCCUGUCGUGUCAGUAACUUUGUAUCGUGCAUCUUUCGGUCGACAAGGCAGCCGAGUUAGAAGUACAGUGAGUAGGAGCGCCUCUUCAUCCUUCGUUUUCUUUAUUUCAUUUCAAAAAAAGAAAGAAAAGAAAAGAGAGAACUGAGAAUUAAGUUAUAAAUAGUUCAUGGUGGUCACUUUGCCCCUUCAGUUCAAUUCAUUCUUCUUUUGGGAUUCUUUUGUUUCCUUUUCUCCCCUUCGGGAAAGAAAGAAAGAAGAGAAGUUUCCAUCAUAGCGUUGAUACUUGUUUGGUGUGAGUUCUCUGUUUUGUGAUUGAAAGUUAAGUUAAUUUCAAUAUUAACCGAUUAGUUCUGGAGUUUUGACCA